AUGGAUCUUAAAGGUUCAUUAGUUGAUACCAACAUAAGAAUUUACCCUUCUGAAAAACUAAUUGCAUUUAUACAAACAGUACCACAUUCUGAUGAAGUACCUCAUAAUAUUUUGCAAAUAAUAAAAGCAAAUUCCAAAAAUAAUUUUAAAAGUUACAAACUUGAACUUUUGAAAUCAGUGCAAUUAAAUAAUUCAGAUAUAGAAUAUUUAAAAACUGUCAGAGAUAGUUUUGAUGAACUUCAUAAGGAUAAAGCGGUUGGGACUGAUGAAGAGCUAGAAAAUGAAAAUAGAGAAUCCGCAACCAAAAAUACAGCAGAUAAAAAGGUGGAAAAUAAAACAGAUACACAUACUGAACCAGAUAACAAUAAAGGUGCAGAAAAUGAAAAUGACAGCCAAAGUGAGGACAAAAAACCAUCAAAAGAAAGUCUAAACAGUGAUGAGAGUAAAUCACAAGAACAAGGACCUUUUCUUGUUACAUCAGAUAUAGACUGGUUAUAUAUGCAUAUUAAAACUAGGAGAAGCAACGGUGAAAAAAACGUUCCUCAUUUACACACACUCCUUGAGGGUGCUUCUAUUGAAAUGCCUGAAAAUGAAACCAUUAAAAGGAAUCCUGUUCUAGAAGCGAGAUGUGUUAAACUGAGAGCCCAGCAAGAAGCUCGUGAAUAUAGAAAAAUGACAAAAGGCGUUGAUAAUGUUCGAAUGAGAUUUCCUGAAGACAGUAUUUCAUAUCAAUUGAAACAAAUCAAUCGUCACCUGAUUGCCAUUGGUCAAUUUAUAAUAUCAAUAUUUGCUGGAUUCCUCUUUGGAUUUAGAGGGGUCGAAUGGAUGGUCGGCAAUUUAGAUUUUGGAUUCAGGUUGCUUUUAGGUGUAAUGGUUGCUUUAGUGAUUGCUUUGGCUGAAAUUUAUUUCCUAGCGAAGAAGUUGAAUGAAGAAUUAUGUAUACCUGACACUGUUCAACUUGGAGGUCCAGUGAAAUUUGCUGAUGAAGAUAGUUAUAACUACAAAAACAAUGAGUCUGGGACAAAACCACAUCAGGAUUAAAAAGAUAACUUUCUCUAUUAAUUAUAAUACUUUCUAAUAUAAUAAAUCCAGCCUGAAGCAGAACAGAACAGUUUUUCUGACUAAAUGGAGUGGAACAAAUACCUUUUAUACCUUAGGGACAUACAAAUAAGUAUAUAAUACCUUAAAGACAUACAGUGUUUAACAUAUUAUAUGUAAAUUAGUAAAAACAAUAAAAAUAUUAAUUAAA